UUCCCCUAACCGCGAAAAUGAGCCUCUCAGAUCUCAGGUACAGGCCCAAGCUGGCUGGAGGUGUCUGCCAUUCACUGCCAAUUCAGAAUUAAUCUACCAAGGUACUACAUAAAAAGUUAUAAGAGCCCAAAGAUUGCACUUAGUUUCAAGAUGGCGGCCAUGUUAGUCAUUCAUGGCCUAGCUUUGUAAGUAUAUUCCUUCGGACUCGUGAAAGAGAUGGGAUUCUAAUAUCGAGAGAUGACGUUCCACGCGACAGUAGUAUAUCUUGAUAUUCAGACAAAAGCUAGCAAGGUAUAUUACAUAAAAACUUAUAAUAUUAGAUCUUAUUAGACCCCAAAGGUUCCACUUUGAUUAAGAUUGCGGCCAUACUAGUCAUACUUUUUCACAUCAUACUUUUUUCUACCCGUUGAACAGAUGGAAUUCUAUAUCGAGACAUGAAGAAGGUAACAGUAGUCUAUUUUGAUGCUCAUUUAAAAACUACCAAGAUACUACGUAAAAAGUUAUUAGACCUGAGAAGUUGCCUAUCGUUUCAAGAAGGCGGCCAUACGACUAACAUCAGGCCGAUGCUUGACAUCAUACUUUAUUCGACCCGUAAAAGAGAUGGGAUUCUAAUAUCGAGAGAUGAAGUUCAUGGCGACAGUAGUUUCUCUUGACGUUCAUGUGAAAACUACCGAGGUACUACAUAAAAAGUUACCAAAUCCCAAAGGUUGAACUUCGUUUCAAGAUGGCGGAAUAUAAGUAAUUCAUGGCCGAAGUUUGACAUCACACUCCUUUCGACCCGUCAAAGAGAUGGGAUUCUAAUAUCGAGAGAUGAAGUUCCAGGAGACAGUAGUCCGUCUUGAUAGUCAGCCAAAAACUACCAAGGUACAAUACUACAUGACAAGUUAUUCGACCCACAAAGAUUAGAAUUCGUGACACAGAGGACGGGUGGUUGGCAGUAAGUUUACGAAACAUGACUCAAGCGUUGGGAAUUAUACUUUCAUCAAAUGCUUAUCAUUCAAUAUGAUAUAAUUUGGAAAACAGCGAUAGCAUUCUUAUAAAGUUAUUACCGUGUGAAAUCCACAGUUUUGCGUGCUUCCUAGAAAGUUUGGUACAUACACCGUAUUACUUUAUAGUUGCGCGUUUGCGUUGUUGAGUUGCGCACGUGCGCAAGUGUUAGCAGGGGUAGUAAGCCAGUGAUUUUUAAGUUGUAUAAAAUCAGAGAGGGUCCAGAGCUACUUUAAAUUUUCCGAAAUUUUUUUUUUUAGACUUAGUUUAGGUGCUACUGUUCAGAUUUAAAUUCAUGGUUUUUUUUUAAUCCAGCUAUCACGAAAUAUUGAUUCAAAGUAUUUUAAAUGUACUCAAAUACUGUCAUCCCGUCAAUUUGGGAAAAAACGUACUUGUGUCCAAGCAUUAAGCAGCGAGCCCUGAAAAAAUGGUAAAUUGUCCUGAAAUCACGCGAGGGCCUCGAUUCAUUUCGGCGUACAGCGAAAACGAAAAGUAAGAAUUUUAACAAAACACAUCGGUUUUAGUACUUGCUCAUCAAGUUCUUUCGUUGGACAAAGUUUUAAGGUAAACUUUUCUUUCACGAAAACUGCACAACGACCGUUCGUUGGUUAGUCACGUGGUGUGUGUCCGAACGAGGAAUUGCGUGACUUUCGAUAUCAGGUGACAAAUUCAUGUGACAUAGCAGGUUGCCAACAUGGCGACGGGACAGACCGGUGUAGCAGUUUGCAUCAGUUUAUAUAUUUUGUGGGUUACUGGCGUAAAUUGCAAACACGACCAUCCAGUGUCAACUUAUUUUGGCCGAGUACAUUCUAAUGGUACCAUCGUAGAUGCUCGACACCCGGCGAACAAGCUGAAGUUCUCCCGUCUGCCGAAACCAACAGCACUCGAUUCUGCAGCUUCGUUGAAAGUUUCACCGUCGUCUGAAAUCAGUAAUGGCGAGGAAGUUACGAUUUCAUGGUCUGGGGUCACUUCUCCAAGUUCUAAAGAUGUCGUAGUUCUGUACUGUCCCCCAGAAGCCGAACCCGAUCACUAUUUGGAUUAUGUUAAUGUCAGUAGCGUAGAGACGUAUUCAAAAGGUUAUGGCGAGUUCGACGUUCGUCUGUGGAAUUUGAGGAAAGAAUGCCAGUUCAGAUAUUACAGAAGUGGCAAUUACACAACUCUUGCUGCAGAGAGCAACGUUGUGAGUUUUGAAGGAGGGGCGGACAUUCCCUUGCAAGGUCACCUCUCUCUCACGGGGGAUCCUACGGAAAUGAGGGUUAUGUGGGUAUCCGGUACAAGUAAGUUAUUCUUCCGGUAUUCUUUUUGUGGGAUGUACCCAGAAACUGUGCCAUUUAUAUAUCUCACGCUUUUUCUGAAAUGUUCUGGCAUAUCAUAGCACCUUAAUUAUAGCAUUUCCUUAUUUGCAUCUUCCUACACUAUUCUCCUAGGAGUAUUAUGCAGAUGGAAUAGGGGUGUUCAAUUUCAAACCUUGUAGAUAUCAUGCCACCUUUCAAAUGCAACUGCAUAAAUAUAGGUGUUUCUGCAGUAUUUCUUUAUCUCAGAGUUAUGUUUCCACAAAAUGAUAUACAUUCAGAAAAUGUUUUCUCGUUCUUAAGUUUAAGUCAGCCUCGUUAUGUAUACAUGUAUGCAUUCUCAAAA